AUGGGCAGUCAACCGACUCUUCAGAACAAGUGGGCGGUCAUCGGAGGGGCCCUCGGCCUCAUAACUUACGACCACAUGAUCUCGAUUGGCCGCGAGGUUGAGUACGUCUGGAGGAAGAAGAUGACGACUGCAGGCGGAAUAUAUAUCGCCAUCCGCUACGCAUCGUUGACCUCCAACAUGCUCAUGUGUGCCGGGAUCACAGUGGCGUUUGAUUUAAUGGGUGCUAUCAUCAUCAUGGGCGCCGCAUUUUUAGUGCUAGGGUGUAUGAACGCCGUCCCCUCGAUCUACGCCGCGAUUAGGAACAGGGCCGGCUACAACCCAGGACCCAACAACCUCCGCACCGUCUGCGACGUAGAUUUCUCGCAAUUCCUACCGCUCCGAAAUAUACGUCACUUGACUUGGUACCAAACAGCGAUCAUCUUCGGGCGUUCCUGCGGGGUCAUCAGCGACUUUAUGGUUCUGGUUUUGACAUGGAAACAUGCAGGACCGCGUAAAGGCGGACCGAAGAGGUUUUCCAUUACAACGGCUCUUUUCCAAAACGGUCUUGCAUACUUCGGUGCACUUUGCUUUGUCAACCUCUUGAAUCUUGUUUUGGUCAACCACGUCGAGCUGUUGCUCAACCUCCUCGGCAUAAUCAGCGCCACGACGGUGGUCUUGACCUGCCGCUUCAUCCUCGACUUGUUCGAAGCGAGCGACGGCACGCGCAUGGACACCCUCCCAACCGUGCCCAGCAUGGCGCCGUCGCGCGCCGUCGCGUUCCGCAACGUCGGGACCGCCAGCGCGAGCGGACCUUCGCAAGGGGUGUUCGACGCGGACCUCACGUGGCGCGCCGUAGACGACGGCGAGAGCGUCUGCGACAACAAGCACGACUACGGCUACGAGCUCCAGGUGAACCCGGGUCGGAAGUAG